AUGUCUCAUGUCAGGGAUUGCCCUGAGUUCCACCUCUCCCGCUCUGACUCCAAGAACCCUUUGACGACGUGCCAGGGCGUGACAUCUGACGGACGGAAAUGUCGACGGACGGUUGUUCCCGUUAAGGAUGCCCCCAAGAGAGAGGCAGCCGCAAAACAACUGAAUGGUAUAAAGACCGGAAGGACCGAGGUCCAAACAGAGGAGUUGUUUUGCUGGCAGCAUCAGCAUCAAGCUUCGCUAGUGACACCUAAACCUGUCGCCGCUGCGGCCAGGGUAACGCAGCUUCGGAAGAAGUCAAGCAUCGAUACUAUUGUCGAGAGGGUUGGGUUAAUGAACGUGGAAGACAGACCUGCUGCAAAGGCUAGAGAAGCGCAAAUAAGGCCGUCUCGAAAUCCACACCACCAUGCGCAUCGAGAACGAAGCGAUCCUCAGGAUCGUACCGAUCGUCCGAAGACGCGUAAUGUUCCGCUACAACCACGAAAAAUCAAUGUUGAAGCACCCGUUGUGUGCAUGUCUAGCGCGAAGAAGAAGAAGCCCAGCGCGACUAGGCGGCUGCUUUGCUUUCUAGCGGGUGUCGACGAACGAGAUAUUCCUCAAGUGAGCGUUCGCCGCCGGCCUGAUCACUUUAAGACGCCUAGCCUCGAACCCAGAGUCGCGAGGACCCCUCCGAACUACCAACCUCAAUAUGCAAGAAGGCCAACCACUGCUGGGAAUGAACCUGACAGGCGUCGCUCGGAGCUCAGCCCUACUAGUCGGCCAAAGGAACCUCGACGCAACCAAAGGCAAAGCUUGCCAGCCAAUUUCCAUCAUAACCCCUCAAGACCGUCAAUGCUAGCACAGACAACAUCUUCGUCAUCGCAAACCCAAUCUCUCUUGUCCUGGAUCCCAUCUUCCCUAUCACCCGAAACAACAUCGAAACUACUCCAAAAACUUUCUGAGCCACUUUCUGCGUCCGAAGAAUGGGGAUACAUUUACAUAUACUGCGUCACACCUUCAAAAACUGUCCCUUUAGCAGAUGUUCUCCCGUCGCUUAUCCCGCAUCGCGGAGAGAUAUGCCCUCCUACUACAGAAAUCCUACACUCUGCCGGCAUGUCUCCUAAUCAUGUCCACAAGAAUAAAAGUAGCCGCGCAACGAACACCAUAACCCUCAAAAUAGGGCGGGCUGUGAACGUAUCUCGCCGUCUCACUCAACAGUGCGCCCAAAAUCUGACUUUGGUCAGAUAUUACCCAUAUUCCUCGUCGUCUGCGAAUGCGCCAGCUCCCCGAAAAGCCCCAAAUAUUCACCGGUUAGAAAGACUAGUGCAUAUCGAGCUUAGCGACAGGAGGUUUAAGCUACAAGAUCCCUGUGGACAGUGUGGGAAGAGACAUCAGGAGUACUUUGAGAUUGAGGCAGAUACGGAACAUCUGCGCAUGGUGGACGAUGAGAGAUACAGCCUCUCAACUAAGUGGUUCUAUGAUCAGUUUUUAUCAUCAAGAUCUUUUGGGCAAGCGAGUUUUAGCGAAUUGAUGUCAAGGUCUGCUUCGCCCGGCUCACGUCCGUCGACAGGGAUCUUGUGCCAUCCAACGUCAUCUGUUGAACGAGAGGCUUCAAACGAAUCCAAAGCCGUGAGAUUCCAUCUCGUCGAACAAACGCCAUGGAAGGACGAUGUCAAUGCUCCCAAAUCCGCUUUGUCACCCCUAUUCCGGCGCCGCUUAAAAUCUACAUCUGCCACUGCACCGAAUGCCGCCACCAAGCGUCGUCCUCUCAUGGACGCUACAACCGCCAACUCCUCCCCGCCCCCGUCAAGCUCGACCACCAUGUUCUCCGCCCUGCGGUCGACGGCCAGCGAUCUCGCGUCAACUUUGAUCUGUAUCCUUGACGGAUUCAUUCCUCCAUCUCGCCGCAAUGCCAUCAAGUCUCGUACACACUCCUUUGGCCAAGCCAGGCCAAUCCUCGCCUCCUUCCUGCUAACCCAGCUCAUCUGCUCCGGCAUUCCUCUGGCCCUGUUCAUCCUACAAAUCGCCAGUGUGCUCUUCUUCUCCGUUGGCACCGCUAUCGUCAUUGGCUCCAUAUGCGCGCUCGGCUUUACCGCCCUGUGCCUUGGGCUGGCGUUACUGGUGCUGGUCCCCGUCCUGACGGUCACAUCAUUUGUGGCAUUCUCGGUUUGGGUCUGGGCAUGGGCUGGCUGGUACGUUCUCGGCUGGAUGGGGUUGACGCGGCAGCGACACGGCUCAGGCCUCAGAAAUAGUGAGAAGAACCAGAACGGUAGCGGCGAGAUUGCGAAAAUCAAGGAGGACUUCGAUAACAAAGGGCCAGAAUGA